ACGCCACAUCGCCGUCGGCCACCACAUGAUGCACGCGCACGCCGCCAUAUAAUACUAGUACUACUGAACUACAAGGGGUUCGCCGUGCGAGCGCAAGCAACGACGCGCCGGCCCGCCUACUACUAGUACGGCCGCAUCCACCAUGGCUGCACCCGCCGCGGCCAAGCGCCCGUACUGGCAGGCCCCCGCCACGGCCGCCGGAGCAGCUGAGCCCAACAAGCGGCACCGCACGGCCGCGGCGCCGGCGCACAUGGACGCGGAGCCGGAGCAGGAGGAGCAGCCCCUGCUCCCGGGCCUGCCGGACCACCUCGCCCAGCUCUGCCUCGCCCCGCUCCCGCCGCGCCUCCUGCACGCCGUCUGCCGCCCCUGGCGCCGCCUCCUCUACUCGCCCUCGUUCCCGCCGUUCCUCGCGCUCUACGCCGUGCUCGACGACGCCGCCGCCUUCGCCGGCAGCGGCGUCUCGUUCGCGGCCUACGACGCCGUGGCGGGGCGGUGGGACGAGCUUCCCGCGCCGCCGAUGCCGUCGCCGCCGCCCAGGCUGUGGCACCCGGCCUUCCUGUCCCGCCGGCUCCCGCUCCAGUCCGUGGCCGCGGGGGGCAGGCUCGUGCUCGUGGCCGGCUCCACGCGGGCGCUCGCCCCGGCGCUGCCCCGCCCCGUGGUCUUCGACCCGGCCGCCCGCUCGUGGCGGCUCGGCCCGCGCCUCCCGUUCGCGCCGCGCCGGUGGUGCGCGGCGGGCGCGGCCCGCGGUCGCGUGUUCGUUGCGGGCGGAGUCGGCGCGGGCUACGACGCCAGCGACGCCCGGUCCGGCGCCACGUGGGACCCGGCCGCGGACGCCGCCGCGGCCGCGGCGUGGGAGCCGAUCCCGCCCAUGCGCGACGCGCGGUUCAGCCGCGACGCCGCGGAGGCCGUCUGCGCCGCGGGGAAGGUGUGCAUGGUCAGCCUCCGCGGCCGCGGCGCCAAGGAGGGCGCCGUCUUCGACCUGCGCGCCGCGCGGUGGGAGGACAUGCCGCCCGGGAUGCUCGCUGGCUGGAAGGGCCCGGCCGCGGCCGCGGCCGCUGGCGGCGACGAGGACGAGACGACUAUCUUCGUGGUGGACGAGGAGCGCGGGGCGCUGAGCGCCUACGAUUGGGCCGGGGACCGGUGGCGCACGGUAGUGGAGUCGGAGCGGCUCAAGGGCGCCGCCGAGAUGGCGGCUGGCGGGGGCCGGGUGUGCGUGGCGGCCCAGGGUGGCGACAAGGUGCUCGUGGUCGACGUGGCGCCCUCACGGCCACGGCGGUGGGGUGCCCCCGCCGCCGCGGAGCUCCGGCCCCGCGUCUGGGAGGUGGCGGCGCCGCCGGGGAAGCGGGUGGUGGCGCUGCACGUGCUGCCCCGGAUGGCGCGCGCGGACUAGCAGGUUCCCGCCACGUCGUCUGGGAAUGGCGGAUUGCAUGCUCGUUGGAUUCGCUACACGUGCUGUACAAGAGACGGCGCACACACUGCCACCUGCUGCUCAUGAUCCGACUCCACCUCCAGACGUUCGCAUCUCCUUCCUUGCAGAGAGUUUGAUUCUA